AUGUUCGAAGAGGAUCUGUUAAACCAUGCCAUGGUUAAUCCCGAAGUCCUUUACAGUUAUAUAAGACAGAGCACGCUGAACAAGGAUCCUAUUCCCCUACUGCGAACUAUCGUACUGCGUCGUAGCUGUCUUGAGGUGCCGGCCAGUGGACCACUGGUUACUUUCCUUUGCAGUCUCGGUUUCAAAAAGGACUUCGACUUUGUCGCUGAGGGACACAUUUUCAUUCGCGGUCGGGCGAAAGUGCUGGUGUACUCGGUGAAUCAGGUGGAACAAUACAGCCACCAUGAGAGCGGUUCGCCCCUGCCAAAGAGCUGGCGCAACCUCCUGCCUCGCAGCUACAUGGUUGAAGUCAGUGCCGUUGGCAGUCCUGCAGAUGACACCCUUGCAAAGGAAGUUGCCGGUCUGAUGGAGCUCCUCUGUCCCCUUGUUGUCCCUGGCCGGGUGGACCAUGCUCGUCUCGUGUGUCGAUGA